AGGCACUACGUAGGCCACACAACCCGGAAGCGAGGGAUUACCGUCGUCUGCUGUUGAUCCAGGAGCUUGUUGUUCACUUUAAACCAGGUCUCCCAUGUGGACCGUCUGGGCUGAGAGGGGGAAGGUUCAGCAGUUUGUUCUGUGAUGAUGGACAGUUAGUCAGUCCCGUCAGUACUCCAAUGGAAGCUCCGGUCACAGCCGCCCCUCCUCCCAACUCCUCCACCCCGCCGGUCCCGGUCCCCCUGGAGCCAGCCGUCGCCCCGUCGGUCGAGCUGGGCUUCACCAUCCUCUACACCGCUCUGUACGCCGCUCUGUUCCUGGUGGUGUACGCGCAGCUCUGGCUCCUCUUCCUCUACCGACACAAGCGAUGGAGCUACCAGAGCGUCUUCCUGUUCCUCUGCCUGCUCUGGGCUGCCCUCCGCACCACCCUGUUCUCCUUUUACUUCUGCAACGCCCUGGAGGCCAACCACCUACCUGCCGCCGUCUACUGGCUGCUCUACUGCUUCCCUGUCUGCCUGCAGUUCUUCACUCUCAGCCUUAUCAACCUGUAUUUCACUCAGGUGCUGUUCAAAGUGAAAGAGACGUAUAGCUCAGACGUGGACAGAGGAGUGUGGCUGGCGCGGUGCAUAUACGGUGCCCUGAGCGCCAUCUUCCUCGGUGUCAAUGUGGUCUGUGCGGCCCUCAGGGACAGAGGAGCCGGCGGCGGGUCGGGUGAGCUGACCUGGACUCUGGUCCUGGUUCGAGUCCUAAUCAACGACUUGCUCUUCAUCCUGGAUGCGGUGCUGCUGGCCGCUUUGCUGCUGCUGCUGACCAAACACUCGCGCUCCACCAGCCCCUACCUGAUCAGCAAGGGCACCACAGUGUGCCGCACAGCAACACUGGGAGCAGCAGUGAUCUUGUUGUUCGCCAGCCGAGCCUGCUACAACCUGACGGUGCUCUUUCUGUCACAGAGCCAGCGGGUGGAGUCGUUCAACUUCGACUGGUACAACGUCUCUGACCAGGCGGACUUGCACAGUGAACUGGGCGACAGGGGCUACAUGGCCUUUGGCGCCAUCCUCUUCAUAUGGGAACUGCUCCCAACCAGUCUGCUCAUCCUCAUCUUCAGAGUUCGCCGGCCGGCUCAAGAGACCAGCAGCAUGGCCAUCAACAACAGGGUCCUACCUCGUCCCUAUUUCUUUGAUGACCCUCAACGCAGCGAUGAAGAUGCACCUGUUCCAUGGGCACGCAGUUCACAUCCGCACUCAAGCUGGUACGGAGCAGAGACCGCUCCUCUCCUGUUUGCCAGCAAUCCUCCAGACCAGAGCCACCAGCACCACUCGUUCUACUCCACCCCCCAGAACUGACCUCCACUUCUCACCACUAUCAGGGUCUUCGUGUCCCUGAUGACAUUCUUCUGAAGGGCAGACCGCACACAGCUACCAGCAAGUAGUACCUUCCUCUGUGGACAGUUUUUUUUGCACUGAAGACCUCAGGAAUUCAUCAACAAACGGUGAAUAUGCACCUUGUAGUUUUGAAACAGAGAAUAUAUAGAAUUUCUUUUUUUCUUGGCUUAAAAGGGAAUGAACUUUGGUGGGAGAAGCCCCGACAGACAAAACAUUGUGCUCAGUGAUCUUCUCAUAAAUGAUAAAGUGAGAUAAAGUUACAAUGUGUUUAUUAUUACAGUGUGCUUAUUUUAAAUAUGUAAUUUUCCUAUUGUUGAUGAAAUAAGGUGAACUAGCUCUUACGAUUCCCUAAAAAUUGCACAUUUAGCUUUUCUAAGCAUUCCUUAUUGAACUAGAAAAGUGCACUCAGUAGAGUGCAAAUCUCCGCCAGAGAGUGUGUCUGAAUCGACCACUUCCAAGGACCAACGCCCUCUAGGCAUUAACGGGGUUGUAAAGCGUCGUAGAACACACUUCCUCCAAAAAGCGAUGAUGUAUGCAGACGAUUUGAGACGAUCUUACCAAAAACAGACUUCUACUCACCACAUUGUCUGCCUCCGUAGCAGCGACUGAGUGGUGGCAAUGUGCUCACCAGUGUACUGGUAGCUCAGUUAGCUGUAAGCCAUACACACCUUCUCAAACAAUACAAGUGUGGGAUUGUGGGCGCAGAUUAGCAACUGGGGGUCGGCAAUACUCUCUGGCCUCCGCCUCCGACUGGUAAGAGUUGAGAGCAGUAAGUGAGGAGUCAGCCAGCAGUCAUUGGCAAUAUGAAACGGGUAAUAAAAGGUGUUUUGAGAAAGUGGGAGUCACUUCAACCACGAGAGGUCCUUGAGCCUGCAGCCAAAACUGGCCGCACAAAAUAUUUUGCAGUUUGCUGCAGCAGAAUGCGAGGGUAGCCGUGGACAGACACAGAGAUGCACACUCACUCACGGAUGCACAUGACCAAUCGCGUGAUCCUCCUGGCAGAGGUAAUUAAUGUACAUAAUGUAGUUCAUAAGCUUCCAGCAUGUGAUAUAAGCCUUGGAAACAACCACUGACCAAAGAAAUAUGCAGUUUUGAAAUUGACUAAAAUACAUCUGAUCAACGGGUCACUUUGGUGUUCUGUGUCUUGAAGAACAGUAAUGUCUUUUGUCACUUUUGAUAAAUAAUUCCACAUAAGCAUUGUCUAUCUUCUAACUUCAGAGCAACACAUCACUGCAGGUAUUCACAUCUCGGAGUUGUUUCCUUUAAGGCCGGUGUCUGCUGUCUCAGAUUGUAUGUCACUUUUGCAAAGAGUUUUAUAAUUUUUAAUUUUAAAAGUUGCUUUUGAUUUCUUAUUCCCUUCUUGUGUAAAUUGUUAUUAGUUAUUAAUUAUUUUGAUGCAAGUUUAACUUAUUUUAUAAAAAAAUGCUUCUACCCUAUAACUGUAGCAAUAAAUCAAAUGUGAUUGUCCUUUAUGUCUUAACUGGAAUGAGGCUUCCUCAUAGCAAGUCGCUCAUAUUUCUACCCCAUGAUUGAUAUUUACUAUGUAAACAACAAACCAAUAAAAGAAUCUAAAUGA